UUGGUGGAACCCCAUUCAAAUGGAAUCCUCCGGUUAUCGUGCCCACCCCAGCGAUUGACUGCGCACAGCCGCGGCGAGAAUUUAACAUCGUUUGCAACAAUUCGCAGAUUAUUAAAAUAAUAAUAAUAAAAACAUUUUUUUAAGAAGAUUUAUUUUUCACACUCAAUUUGCAAAUGUGGCUUGAGGCCCGUGUUGGGGCCUAGUGUAGGGGAGUGUGGCCGGGCUCGGCUUGAAUGUCCCGGCCGGGGGAGAUGGAGGUGGAGGCGGUGGAGUCUCCAGGCGACGCCGGGGAUCCCGACCUCGGGGACGGGGCUGCAUUGAGGCGAUACAACAGCGCGCCAAUGAUCAACAACAUCGGCAGAGAAGGGAGCCCACUGUCUCUGGCGAGCGACGGAAAGAGCCGGAGAAACAGCGGCGGCUUCCUGAGCCGACAGGGAACGGCAACGCCACCGUCACCUGGCAGAGUAAUGAGCAGUCGUGUCAACCAGAUUAAACAGGAGGAGGGAGCAGACUUGAUAAAUCGUGAAACAGCACAUGAGAGGGAGACCAGGGCCGCCCUGCACAUCAGCCAGUCGUGCGAAGAUCUCUCCCUGAGUGAAGCGUUGCCCGAGCUGGAAAAAACCAUCACCCAGCGCAGGUCGGACUUUUUCCCGCUAUCGCCAUCUCCGUCGCCCACCCGUGGCAUUGGCAAGCAACUGUACUCGCCGUCACUGCAAGCGCCCGUCAGCCCCAGCAGGGCUCCGAGUCCUCGCCGCUUCACCACAAAACGAAGUGCAAGUCCCAUCAGCCACAUUCGCCCCAGCACCCUCGGAUCGCUCAAGAGGAAAGCCGACUUUGAAGUGGACCACACCUCCAAGCGCCUUUUUCUUGGUACCGGCGACUUGGAGUUCAACUUCACAUCGAGCAUGCUCAACCAGAGCCUGUCGCCCUGCAGCAGCAGCGAUUGCCGCCCGUCCCCGGCCACGUCCCCACACGUGGACACCCCCAGCCCCGCCCCCAGUCCCGCUCACGCUCCCCUCUCAUUGGCCGCCCUCUCCCCGGACACCGACCCCGGCCGCUCUCCCAGCCCCGCCCACACCACUCUCUCAAUGGCCGGCUCUGCCUUCACGCCGGUGUCGCGAUGAAACGUUGCCGAACCCUGCGGAGUUCGGAAGGCUCCCCGCACGCGCGCCCUGUCGCGGUCGAGCGCGACCGCGGGGAGUGAGGUGAGCGUCGGGUUGUAGGAGGCGACCCAAACGAAAAUAACGACGAGGGUUGGCGACUAAUUACUUU